AUGGCCUCGGCCGGCUGGGCGCUGGGCCGGGGGCGGCGCCGGGGUCCGGCCGGUCGCGGGAGCUCGAGAAGUUGCUUAGCCGGCGGCGGCGGCGGCGGCGGCACAAGAGGGCGGGAGCGGGAGGGCGCGCGGCGCGGGCGCGAGGGCGGACGGAGCGGCGAGCCCGGAGCCGCCCCGCCCCGCGCCGCGCGGCACGGCCCCCUCCCGCCCCCCCCUCCAGCUCCGGCCGCCUCGCCUGCAGCUCCCCUCCCGCCUCCGCCAGACCCCCGCGCCCCCGGCCGGAGGCGACUCAGGCGCAGGACCCGCAUGGACGCGGCCUCUAGCUGCCGGCCAGGCGCCUGCGGACCGACGGGCGCGGCAGAACCUCGUCCCUGGAGCGGAGUCUGCGAUGGGCUGUUUGUGGGGGUCACGGGUCCUCGGGAGCUGGUUCGCGGGGAGGAGGGUGCCAGCGCCCCAGAAGCCUUCAGCUUCUACCGGGCGAGACGCCCCCCCAGCACCGGCAGCUCCUUCCAAGACCCUGGCGCUUGCGCCUCGCCUCCGUCGGGUGGGCGGUGA